UUUUUGCCAAAAGUGCGAGUGCAACACGAGCGACAUACCUUUAUUCAUUCUUCCUAUUUUUGUUGAAUUUUCAUUUCGAAAGUUUUAUAAUUUCGUUAAUAUUCGCAAUUAUUAAAAACAUUUUAGAAUUAAAUAAUAAAGUGAUGCAAAUAUUAACUUCUACCAAUAGAUAAAAAGUGUAAAAAUUGCAAAGACAAAACUCAAAAAAGUGAAAAGUAACCGCCUUUGCCGAUUCCACGCCAUUCGUUCGUUAUAGCAAACGAACGACUCGUCAUUUGUGGAUUUUUGAGUUUUUGUUCUUCUGUUUACGGCUUAUUCGCCGCUCGCCAUUUACGCAGUGUCAAAGACUAUCGGAAUUUUUUUUAUUUGUCGGCUUGUUUCUGAACAAAUUGCUUUAUUAUCAACGGGUUUUACUCCAGGAUUAAUUAAUCAGAUUAUUUCCGCACUGACAGUUGCCGCCUAUACAAAGCUGAAUUGAUUUGUGCUGACCAGAGCGGAGGAGCCACAUACCAAAAUGUCGCGCAAAUCGCUAAAUGUACGCGUCACCACCAUGGACGCCGAGCUGGAGUUUGCCAUACAACACACGACCACCGGCAAGCAGCUCUUCGAUCAGGUCGUCAAAACGAUCGGCCUGCGCGAGGUCUGGUUCUUUGGCCUGCAGUACACCGAUUCAAAGGGUGAUUCCACAUGGAUCAAACUUUACAAAAAGCCAGAGUCGCCAGCCAUAAAAACCAUAAAGUACUUGAAACGCGUCAAGAAAUAUGUGGAUAAGAAAACAGCCGAUGGCCAUCAGAACAGCAAUGAUGUUAGCGACGAAGACGACGAUGCCGAUGAUAUGACUGGAUCAAUGCCAUUCUCCACUUGGGUUUUGAACCAAGACGUAAAGAAGGAGAAUCCUCUGCAGUUCAGAUUCCGCGCCAAAUUCUACCCGGAAGACGUCGCCGAGGAGCUCAUUCAGGACAUUACGCUGCGCUUGUUCUAUUUGCAAGUGAAGAAUGCCAUACUAUCCGACGAAAUCUACUGUCCCCCAGAAACGUCCGUGUUGCUCGCUUCGUAUGCCGUUCAAGCGCGCCACGGCGACUACAACAAGAGCAUGCACACAGCCGGCUUUUUGGCUAACGACCGCCUGUUGCCGCAACGUGUCAUCGACCAACACAAAAUGUCCAAGGACGAAUGGGAGCAGUCAAUUAUGAACUGGUGGAAGGAGCAUCGCGGCAUGUUGCGCGAGGAUGCCAUGAUGGAGUACUUGAAGAUCGCACAGGAUCUUGAGAUGUAUGGCGUGAACUACUUUGAAAUCCGCAAUAAAAAGGGUACCGACCUGUGGUUGGGCGUGGACGCGCUCGGUCUGAACAUCUAUGAGCAGGACGACAAGCUGACGCCGAAAAUCGGGUUUCCUUGGUCGGAAAUCCGUAACAUUUCAUUUUCGGAUAAGAAGUUUAUUAUCAAGCCAAUCGAUAAAAAAGCGCCCGAUUUUGUCUUCUUUGCGCCGCGUGUACGCAUCAACAAACGAAUCCUGGCCUUGUGCAUGGGCAACCACGAGUUGUACAUGAGACGUCGCAAGCCCGACACAAUUGAUGUGCAGCAGAUGAAGGCGCAAGCACGCGAGGAAAAGAAUGCCAAGCAGCAAGAACGUGAGAAACUGCAGUUAGCACUAGCGGCUCGCGAACGUGCUGAGAAGAAGCAGCAAGAGUAUGAGGAUCGCUUGAAGCAGAUGCAAGAGGAAAUGGAGCGCUCUCAGAAAGACCUGCUGGAAGCGCAGGAGAUGAUUCGCCGUCUCGAGGAACAAUUGCGUCAACUGCAGGCAGCCAAGGACGAGUUGGAGCUGCGCCAGAAAGAACUGCAAGCUAUGUUGCAACGUCUUGAGGAGGCAAAGAAUAUGGAAGCAGCUGAGAAAGCCAAGCUGGAGGAGGAGAUCAUGACCAAACAAAUGGAAGUACAACGCAUUCAGGACGAGGUGAACGCCAAGGACGAAGAGACUAAACGUCUGCAAGACGAAGUGGAGGAAGCUAGACGCAAGCAGGCGGAAGCUGCUGCAGCGCUUUUGGCCGCGUCAACCACACCUCAACAUCAUCAUGUAGCCGAAGAUGAAAAUGAGAAUGAAGAGGAACUGACGAAUGGUGACGGUGGUGGUGAUGUGUCACGCGAUCUGGAUACGGAUGAACAUAUCAAGGAUCCCAUCGAGGACAGACGCACACUGGCCGAGCGCAACGAGCGCCUGCAUGAUCAAUUGAAGGCUCUGAAACAAGACUUGGCACAAUCACGCGACGAAACGAAAGAAACGCAAAACGACAAGAUCCAUCGGGAGAACGUGCGUCAAGGUCGCGACAAGUACAAGACAUUGCGCGAAAUUCGUAAGGGCAACACAAAGCGUCGCGUGGAUCAAUUUGAAAAUAUGUAAAUUGGAGAGUGGCAGCUUGGUGCGCACUGGCCGAGGAUGACUGGUAUUACUAUGACGCCAGUCCUUUGUAUAGAACAACAAGAUCAACAGCAGCGGCUAUUUCAACAAUAAAACAACAACAUUUACCAGCAAACAAUCAACCAACUAACAAAAAACACACCUCCGCUCGAUCGGCGAACUUCAAGUCGAUCGUUAUUUAAAUGCAAGAAUUACUAUUUACGAAUUAAGAAUUGAAAUUUGAUACACUUUUGAUAAGAUAAAGUCUUCGAUGUCGCAAAGUAGAUAAAACCCUAAAGAAAAACAUAAAAGAAAAAUCAUAAACGCUUACAAAUCAAAUUCGUAGAAACAAUCAAAUGCAUUUUCUUUUCUUUUUGAAUAUAAAGUAAAUCUAAUGACAAAUGACAAACGUAAGAAA